CCCUGUGUGCUGUCUCUCCUGUGUGCUGUCUCCCUGUGUGCUGUCUCCCUGCCUAUGCCCUGUACUUUCUACCUGCAAGAUACGCUGCUCAGAAAGAUCCCCUGAUCAAAUACAGUGGGAUUUGGUGUAAUUCCAGUGGGGCACAGUGAGAUUUAGGGAGAAUUCCAAUGGGUAACACUAAGAUAUAGGAUUAAUUCCAGUAAUGUACAGAGAGACUGAGAGCACAGUGGAAUUUUGAAUAAUUUUAUUGAGGUGCUGUGGCGUAUCCAGUGAUUUCUAGUAUGGGCACAGUGGAAUCUCAGAGAGUAACAGUUAAACCCCAGAUAUUUUUCAGACAAUUGGGUAAACUGGCAGUUUACAAUAAAUCUUAAAUUUCUGUAAGAUUUCUCUAACAUUCCCUUCCUUGCACCACAUGACUGUUUUCAGGGGAUGCUGGGAAUUGUAGUAUGAGGUUUAACAGCCAUGCAGGCAGUUUGCAUAGCCUGAGUGCAUUGUGCCAAUUCGAACAAGAAGAAUUCCCUGCAAUAUCUAACUCCUCCUGGAAACUCCUGUAUUAUUUCUGCCCCUGCCUAGGGAUGAAUUCUCUCCUAAUGCUGAGGAUCUUUCCUAACCCUCUGUGAUGCCUCCUUACCUGCAUGCUAUCAGGCUUGGGAUGGAAACAUUAACUGGCGUCCCCACUGCCCUUGUCUUGUCCUGUCAUUGAUGGGAAACCAACUGGAUCGCAUCACCCACCUGAACUACAGCGAGCUGCCAACGGGGGACCCCUCGGGGAUCGAGAAGGAAGAGCUGCGGGUUGGGGUGGCAUAUUUCUUCUCAGACGAGGAGGAGGACUUGGACGACAGAGGUCAGUCCGGGCGCUUUGGGGUGAGGGACCCCAGCCCCGGAGAGGAAGAAGAAGGACAUAUAGUUCUAAACGAGAUCGAGUUCUCUGCUUUCAGCUGCCAGGAAUGCAUUUUCUCCAAGAUCAGGGGCAACCAGGACCUGAAUGUUUACCCAGUGCAGGGCUUGUUGUCCUUUUGCACACCAGGGGAUCUCGUGGAACUACUUUUUGUUUGCCCCUCCAAAGACCAUCCACCCCCACCCUCCCCUCACUGGGCAGUUUAUGUUGGCCAGGGACAGAUCAUCCACUUGCACCGGGGGGAAAUUCGGAAGGACAGUCUUUUUGAGGUGGGUGGGGAAUGCAUGGGCAGGGUGGUUAGUAACUGGUAUCGGUACAGACCACUAACCGCUGAGUUGGUCCUGCAAAAUGCCUGCGGGCACUUGGGCUUAAGAAGCGAAGAGAUCUGCUGGACUAAUUCUGAAAGUUUUGCAGCCUGGUGCAGGUUUGGGAACAGAGAGUUCAAAGCUGGUGGGGAGGUCCACACUGGGGACCUGCAGUACUUUUUGAAACUCCACCUAGAGGAGAACCACAUCCAUACACUGAGGUUCCACAGCCUGGAGGAGCUGAUAAGAGAGAAGCGUAGGGCAGAUGCUGGAGGCAAGCUGAGGUUCAUCAAGGAACUCUCCAUGGUGGAGAGAAAGGAGUAGGACCUUGUGGAUGUCUCACCUGAGACCCUUCAGCUUUUGUUGAAGUACAGCAUCCAUCUUCUGUGAGAUGUAGUUCAUCAGUAGCUGAAGUGCUGCAGGUUGGACAUCUCAGUGUAAGUACCAUAGAGACGAAGGAAUAACGGUAAUGGACCUUUGCCCCUUACUGACUUGCCAAACCUCGUUGCACCUUUUUUUGGACACCUUUCUAUGGAUCAUGUCAACAUUCCUGAAACCAGCAUUUACACCAUAGCCACUGUUUGAUUUGGCUUUUAAAAACAUGGUAUAUAAAGAACAAAAGAAAAAUACAAAGAACAAAAAAAAAAAAAGCAACAACAGUAUUCUUGGUUAUGUUGGCUGUAGUGUUGAUGUCUUCUUGAGCAAAUUAGCAACAUGCUAAAUAAAAUUUCAAAUUGAAAUUUUUUUAAUUUUCAUGGCUUUUCUCCAUGAUCGUUUAAUCACAGAGGCCAAUAAAUUGGAUUUCUCUA